CCGGUGACCAACACAUGCUCGCUCUUACAGUGAGCGGUGGGAGGCGGUCGAAAUCGGCGAAGAAUUCUCUUCUGUAGAGAACCGACCAACGACCAGUUUCGGGAAACAUGAAGUGAAGUUAGGAUGAUGCUACUAAUUUAGUACAUGAGUGCCUCUCGGAGCACCAGUUUAUUUCGUGACGGAACGGUUUGUGCUCCGCGAGUAACAAAGUGUCGUAUGGUUAUCGUUUUGGGAUUCCCGCUUGAGAGGUUUAUCAAUUUAAGUUACCGGCGGUGAACAUUGCGCGCCUUCAACGAGGUCCAACUUUGAUUUGACUACCGGGCGGCACUCAAUUCGUUACGAUGAGAUUAACUAUCACUUUAAGUUUAUUUAUAAAUUUGGUCGUUGCCCAAAUGAAAUCAUGUUCCUUCAACGAACUCUGCGUGCCGGUAACGAUCUGUCCACCGUACAAAGCAUAUGCAACCCAAAGCUUCAAAAUCUGGCCACCGGAACUUCAGCGAAUGGCCAAAAGCAACUUUUGCAAUCGGGAAACCAUCGAUAAAGCUACGGUCAUUAGCGUUUGCUGUCCAACGACAAUAAAUCACAAGGAAUGUGGCGUACAGGCGGUCAACCGAAUCUCCAAAGGGCAAGUUGCGAUGGUGUUCGAGUACCCAUGGAUGGCUCUGCUGCAGGAUUCCAACGGGAAGUUCGUUUGUGGCGGAACUCUUAUCACUAGCCGAUACGUGCUGACAGCUGCCCAUUGCAUAAAAAACGCCGCACCGAUCACCUCGGUACGGUUGGGCGAAAAUGAUAUCAACCAGCCGAUCGACUGUAACAUCGUCGACGACGAACGGGACUGCGCGGCUCCACCGCAGGAUAUAAAAGUGGAAACUCCGAUUCGGCACCCGAUGCACAGCGAUCGGCGGAAGAAAAAUGACAUCGCGUUACUUCGGUUGCAACGAUCGGUCGAGUUUUCGCACAGUAUCCGUCCAAUCUGUCUUCCCAAUGGCACUCCGGAACAACGGAUGAUCAAUCCACUAUUCUUUAUCGUCACCGGAUGGGGACUGACGGAAAAUGGAUCCGCUUUCGAUGUACUACGCUAUGCUCGGGUUCCGCCGGUUUCGCUGGACGACUGUUCCACAAGUGUUCGAGCGUUGAGUGCGACCCUCAAGUUGGACCACAGUCAGGUUUGUGCCGGUGGCAUUGAUCAGGUCGACAACUGCUCUGGAGAUUCCGGUGGCCCGUUGCAGUACAUUUCCAACUUUACGUCCCGGUUCUAUCAGCUCGGGGUGGUAUCGUACGGAGUGAAAAGCUGCGGGGUGCAAAGUCAACCGGGUGUGUAUACUAAUGUGCUUUACUACUUGAACUGGAUACUGGAGAAUGUGAUAAAUCUAAACCUGGACCUGGACCUGGACCUGAAUCUCGAUCUGAAUCUCGAUCUGAAUCUCGAUCUGAAUCUCGAUCUGAAUCUCGAUCUGAAUCUAGAUCUGAAUCUCGAUCUGAAUCUCGAUCUGAAUCUCGAUCUGAAUCUCGAUCUGAAUCUCGAUCUGAAUCUCGAUAUGAAUCUCGAUCUGAAUCUCGAUAUGAAUCUCGAUCUGAAUCUCGAUCUGAAUCUCGAUCUGAAUCUCGAUCUGAAUCUCGAUCUGAAUCUCGAUCUGAAUCUCGAUCUGAAUCUCGAUCUAAGUCUCGAUCUGAAUCUCGAUCUGAAUCUCGAUCUGAAACUCGAUCUGAAUCUCGAUCUGAAUCUCGAUCUGAAUCUCGAUCUGAAUCUCGAUCUGAAUCUCGAUCUGAAUCUCGAUCUGAAUCCCGAUCGAAAUCCCGAUCUGAAUCUCCAUCUGAAUCCCGAUCUGAAUCUCGAUCUGAAUCUCGAUCUGAAUCUCGAUCUGAAUCUCGAUCUGAAUCCCGAUCGGAAUCCCGAUCUGAAUCUCGAUCUGAAUCUCGAUCUGAAUCUCGAUCUGAAUCUCGAUCUGAAUCUCGAUCUGAAUCUCGAUCUGAAUCUCGAUCUGAAUCUCGAUCUGAAUCCCGAUCGAAAUCCCGAUCUGAAUCCCGAUCGAAAUCCCGAUCUGAAUCUCCAUCUGAAUCCCGAUCUGAAUCUCCAUCUGAAUCCCGAUCUGAAUCUCGAUCUGAAUCUCGAUCUGAAUCUCGAUCUGAAUCUCGAUCUGAAUCUCGAUCUGAAUCUCGAUCUGAAUCUCGAUCUGAAUCUCGAUCUGAAUCUCGAUCUGAAACUCGAUCUGAAUCUCGAUCUGAAUCUCGAUCUGAAACUCGAUCUAAAUCUCGAUCUGAAUCUCAAUCUUAAUCUCGAUCUGAAUCACGAUCUGAUUUCGUUCACAAUCUCGUUGGGAUCCCCAAUUGCACGGUGCGUCGGUCAAAAGCAGUGCGUCGAUUUCGCUACGUGCAGCGAGUUCAAGCACCUUGCCGGCAUCCCAUUGUCCAGCUGGAGUCCUGCCGUGCGGGUUCAAAUUCAGAGUCGUCUAUGCAAAGUCGAAAAACGCGGGAAUGUUAAGCUGUACAGUGUUUGUUGUGCGGUCGCCACGCAGCAGUCGAACCGGUCGAAGGCAUUAGCCAUGCUGGACAUGGAUUCCUGUGGGAAAGCCCUCUCGGACAAAAUCGCUUUCGGAAAAACCGCCAAGUUGUUCGAUUUCCCGUGGAUGGCACUGCUGCUCGAUUUCGAGCGAACGAUCAGCUGCGGAGGGACGUUGAUUGCUAAAAGCUUUGUCCUCACGGCGGCUCAUUGCGACCGAAAAGUGGAAUUCGUCCGUCUCGGGGAAUUUGAUGUCAGCAAGCGAAUUGAUUGCUCAGACGACUCAGAGAAGAAGGACUGCGCAGAUCCAGCCCAGGAAAUCCAAGCUGCUAAAUUCAUUAAACACCCACUCUACAGUUCAUCCAAGCGGAAAAAUGACAUUGCUUUGGUGAAACUUGCUAAACCGGCCGUGUUGAGCUUUAAUGUCAAAACAAUCUGCCUACCGAUCGGAUCGAUGGUACGAAACCCGGAACCAAAGUACAUGUUCGUAACCGGAUGGGGCCUAACGGAGCGUGGUACCACAUCGAACGUGCUGCAGUAUGCGACACUGAUGUUAGUUCCCAAUACCCAAUGCUCCAGUACUCUGGCCCGUCUGAGCGAUGCUAUUUCCCUAGACCAGGACAGUCAGAUUUGUGCCAAAGGCGAAGGCAAAGUGGACAACUGCGCCGGAGAUUCCGGUGGACCGUUGCAAUAUUUAUCGCGUCAAUCCACGGCGGUGCAGCAUGGAAUUGUGUCCUUCGGAGUGAAUUCGUGCGGGAAAAUGAGUGCACCUGGCGUGUAUACAAAAGUUUCACACUACAUAGAAUGGAUAUUACAGAAUUUGCAUUAAGUAUUGUGAAAUUAUUUUCUUAAGUCGUACAAAGGAUUCAAUAAUUGGUACUGAAAGAUUAAUAAUCAGAAGACUAAUGAGUAGAAGUGCAUUAAAUUUUUUGUAGAAGUUUUUGAUAAUAAUGUUAACCAAUGUACUUAAAAUGUUGAAAAAAAGAAUCAAUUUACAACAUCUAUUAAAACUGAAUACGAAGACA